AGUACCUUUACAGAAGCCAAUGCACCGAGGCCAGCGCACAAGUUAAAGAGAAUCAAACAGUGUAUAUUUGCUUUCUUCAGUUUUUUCCUACACUGAGAUUCAUUUCCAAUCCCAGCAAGCACCAAAAAUGGCUACAGCUUUUUCUACACUCGCUGUGUUCAUCCCAACCAAAACCAAAACCACCAUCACCAGACCCCACUCCCACUCUCACUCUCACUCGCACCCACUCACUAUCAAGGCCUCAUCAAACUCCACCAACCCACCCCUCCCGGGACGGAAGCUCCGCGCCGCCGUGAUAGGCGGAGGACCAGCUGGGUCCUCCGCCGCCGAGGCUUUAGCUUCCGGAGGCAUAGAAACGUUUCUUUUCGAACGUAACCCGCCGACAACCGCGAAACCCUGCGGCGGCGCCAUACCGCUAUGCAUGCUCGAAGAAUUCAACAUCCCAUCUCACCUCAUCGACCGCCACGUCACCCGCAUGCGCAUCUUCUCGCCGUCGAACCUCUCCGUCGAUUUCGGAAAAACUCUCAGACCCAACGAGUUCAUCGCCAUGGUCCGCCGCGAAGCACUCGAUUCCUUCCUCCGAUCACGCGCCGAGUCGUUCGGCGCCAAGCUCGUCUCCGGCCUCGUCACCAACCUCGAAGUCCCCGAAUCCUCCACUUCCCCUUACGUUGUUCACUACACCUCCGACAACUCUCGACACUCUCUCCCCGUCGACGUCGUCGUCGGCGCCGACGGAGCCAAUAGCCGUGUCGCUCGCUCAAUCCACGCCGGCACGUACGCGUGCGCCAUCGCUUUCCAAGAGCGAAUCAAGCUCCCCGACCACAAAAUGGAGUACUACAACGACCUCGCCGAGAUGUAUGUCGGGAACGACGUGUCGCCCGAUUUUUACGCGUGGGUUUUUCCGAAGUGUGACCACGUGGCAGUCGGCACGGGCACCGUGUGCGCCAAGCAAAACAUAAAGCUGUACCAAAAGGGUAUCAGAGAGAGAGUCAAGCACAAGAUCAGCGGCGGGAAAGUGAUCAAAGUUGAAGCUCACCCAAUACCCGAGCACCCGCGUCCGAUACGGAUACGUGGGCGUGUCGCGCUUGUUGGGGACGCGGCUGGAUACGUGACCAAAUGUUCGGGCGAAGGUAUCUAUUUUGCGGCGAAGUCAGGAAGAAUGUGUGGCGAAGCGAUUGUGAAAGCUUCGGAAGGAGGGGAUAGGAUGGUCAAUGAGGAUGAUUUGAAGAGAGAGUAUUUGAGAGUGUGGGAUAGUAAGUAUGUUACUACUUUCAGGUUUUUGGACCUUUUGCAGAGAGUGUUUUAUGGUAGCAAUGCGGCUAGAGAGGCUUUGGUGGAGCUUUGUGAUGAUGAGUAUGUGCAGCGCAUGACAUUUGAGAGUUAUUUGUAUAAGAAGUUAGCUGAUGGUGAUAGAUUGCAGGAUGUGAAAAUGGUGUGGAAUACUAUUGGGAGUUUGAUCAAGUGUAACAUGGUAGGAAGCAAGUAGUUCUAACUUGUAGUUUCUAUAUAUUUUCUAAUAACUGGAUUCAUGUUACUCCUAUCUUUUUAGGGGAGUUUGAUUCUAUUUGCUGUUGAGUUAUGAAUUUGUAAAUGGCUGUAGCUGUCUAGCAAGAAGAACUUUCUUCGUUUUCUUUC